AUGGAAAUUGUGUAUUUGAACCGCAUAGCUCUAGCUUUGCGCCAAUGCGGGCGAGUUCGCGCCUCGAAUCACGGCAAAUCAUUUCACUGCCAAUUGAUCAAGCUCGGCGUUUCGAAUGACGUGUUCCUUGCCAACAAUCUGAUUUCCAUGUACGUUGGAUUUCCUUGUUUAGAAGACGCACGGAAAGUGUUCGAUGAAAUGCCUGACAAGAACGUUGUUACAUGGACCACAAUGGUCUCUGGUUAUACUAAUUGUGGGAAACCUGAAAAGGCUGUGAGGCUAUAUACCGAGAUGUUGGAGUCUGAUUCAGAGACGCCCAAUGGGUUCAUGUACUCUGCGGUUCUUAAAGCUUGUGGCAUGGCGGGUUACAUCAGAACGGGUAAAUUGAUUCAUGAGAGGAUAUCUAGUGAUAGGUUGGAGUUUGACACUGUUUUGAUGAAUGCCCUUUUGGACAUGUACGUAAAAUGUGGGAGUUUGAGUGAUGCUAAGAAAGUUUUUGAUGACAUGUCGAGUAAAAACACCACUUCGUGGAACACGAUCAUUUCAGGGUACACUAAGGCUGAUUUGAUAGAUGAGGCAGUGAAUUUGUUUCAUCAAAUGCAAGAGCCAAAUGUUGUAUCUUGGAACAGCAUUAUUGCUGGUUUCGCAAUCAAUGGAAGCCCACGUGCUUUUGAAUUUAUGUGUUUAAUGCACCGAGAAGGCCUCAGACUCAAUGGUUUUACUUUCCCGUGUGCUCUUAAAACCUGCGGUCGCCACGGUUUGCUAGCUUCUGGGAAACAGAUUCACUGUUAUGCCACAAAGUCAGGUUUUGAGUCUGACUGUUUUACUGUGUCAGCUCUGGUUGAUAUGUAUUCAAAUUGCAAUGGACUGACUGAAGCCAUAAAGCUGUUUGAUCAGCACUCAAGGUGCAAUGCUUCCAUUUCUGAUAGUUUGGCACUUUGGAAUUCUAUGCUUUCAGGAUAUGUCAUUAACGAACACAAUAGUGCAGCUUUGGAUUUAGUUUCAAAAAUCCAUUGCUCCGGUGCAUGCAUGGAUUCCUACACUUUCAGUGGUGCUUUAAAGGCUUGCAUCAACUUACUCAACUUGAGACUUGGUCGUGAAGUGCAUGGCUUGGUUGUCACCACAGGGUAUGAGUUAUAUCAUAUUGUUGGAAGCAUUCUUAUAGAUCUCUAUGCAAGACUGGGGAACAUUAAGGAUGCAUUAGGAUUGUUUAACAGGCUUCCGAAAAAAGACACUGUAGCUUGGUCUGGUUUGAUCGUAGGGUGUGCUACAAAGGGACUAAGCUGGCUAUCCUUUUCACUGUUUCGGGAUAUGGUGUAUUUCGAUAUUGAAGUAGAUCAAUUUGUCAUUUCGUUUAUUCUGAAAGUUUGUUCUAGUUUGACCUCUCUUGGAAGUGGCAAACAGGUUCAUGCUUUCUGUGUUAAGAGUGGAUAUGAAUCUGAGGAAGUUGUAGUAACAUCCCUGCUUGAUAUGUACUCAAAAUGUGGUGAAAUUGAGGAUGGGUUAGCUCUGUUUGAUUCUUUGGAAGAAAGAGACACUGUAUGUUGGACCGGGAUAAUUGUGGGGUGUGGGCAAAAUGGAAGAGCAGAUGAAGCAAUUAGAUUAUUCCAUCAGAUGAUAGAAGCAGGAUUGAAGCCAAAUGAAAUUACAUAUCUAGGUGUUCUUUCUGCCUGUAGGCAUGCUGGACUAGUUGAAGAGGCACGGACCAUAUUCAAUUCCAUGAAAAUUGAACAUGGAGUGGAACCUGGUUUAGAGCAUUAUUAUUGCAUGGUUGACAUUCUCGGUCAAGCUGGAUACUUUAAAGAGGCAGAACAGUUAAUUGCUGAGAUGCCAUUUGAGCCUGACCCAAUCAUAUGGAGAACAUUGCUCGGGGCCUGUGGAACUCAUAAAAACACUGAACUUGUUAAUGUUAUUGCUGAUCACAUUCUCACAACUUUACCAGAAGACCCUUCCACAUAUGUGACACUUUCAAAUGUUUAUGCAGAAUUGGGAAUGUGGAAUGAUUUAAGCAAGGUUAGAGCAGCUGUCAAGAAAGUGGGUGCAAAAGAAGCAGGAAGGAGCUGGAUUGAAGUUUCAAGUUAA